AUGGCUAAGAGAUAUCUACUAAAGAUGAUACUACCAUUGUUCGCAUGUGUGCUGGUGUAUAUUUGGUUAAAUAGAACGAACAAGAAGAAACACUCGGAACUCCUCUUAAGACAUAGCACAAAAACCCGACUGAGGGAUAACUCUAGGAUGUUAUUCAAUAUGAGGAAUACAACCGAGUUAAACCUUAUUGGUCACAUGAAUUUUAACAACGCACGAACAACAUCGAUAGAAUCGUCAGCGUUGCCGUCGCCAUCGUCAUUAUCAGAAAAACGAACACCGAUGACUUCUUUGACAGCAACAACAACACCGAGCACGAGCACCAAGCCAACAACUACCAUCGACCCUCUCGCACGUCUUGACAACUGUUCAAACUGUUUCCUACAUAACUUUAACUUUAUUCAUGUCAACAAAGACAUAUGCAGUGUGAAACAAACUUCCAACAUAGACGUUGUUAUUUUAAUCUCGACAACACCUGGUAAUCGACACAAAAGAGAGGUAAUUCGAAGGACAUGGCUAAACAUUUCUAAAAACAAUACAUCAAACGUAAGGUACGUCUUCCUGCUGGGUUCCCAGUCUAACAAGCCAUUGAAACAGGAUAUAACUCGAGAGUUUGCUAAAUAUAAGGAUAUCGUGCAAGAGGAUUUCAUCGACAGCUACAAUAAUCUGACAUUAAAAACAUUAAUGGGAUUUAAGUGGGCUAAUUUGUUUUGUUCUUCUGCCAAAUUUGUGAUGAAAACUGAUGACGACGUAUAUGUCAAUGUUCGGAAUUUGUUAGAAAGCGUGAAAAAUCAUGAAAAACAACUUGAGAAUUCUGUUGGAGGAUAUUGUAAACACGUUGCGUUACCUGUCCGAGAUAGCAGAUUUAAAUGGUACGCGUCACUUCGUCAGUACCCGAGGUCGGUGUACCCAGGAUACUGUUCAGGAACAGGGUACGUUACUAGUAUGACUACAAUGAGAAAAGUCUAUACUAUAUCAAAAGACGUGCCAUUUUUUUACCUUGAGGAUGUAUAUAUAUCGUUAUGUAUUGAACAGCUUAGUGAUACACUGACGAGUCUACAGGGAUUUAACCCUGUUCUUGUGCCAUUAGACAGCUGUGUAUAUAAGGGACCAUAUAUGGUAACCUCGCAUGGUCUGACUCCAGAAAACAUGGUGUCUAUGUUUACACAGGAUUGCAUAACAGAAAACACUACUAGAAUUGAUAACAUUUGA